UCAUCUUUAAAAAGAACCUCACGUGUCUGAAAACGGCGCAGCAGCCAGUUUACAAAUCAUUUUGCUCCGCUGUUAGAAGGCGGCAGCUUUUAAGGCUGAGCCGAGAUGUUUGAAAGGUGGAACACCCUUGGCCAUGAAAUAUGUUCUCCUUACGUGCCUCAGCCUUUCAAAGUUCUGUGCAUUAGAGUCAGGAAUUCCAUUCUUCCUGGAGCUAAGCGUGGGGCCAGCUGUAGUCAGCCCUCCUUUCUCCUGGGAAAGGCUGAUAGGAGUUUAAAAGGCUUGCGGUGGCCAGUUCACAAAGCGUUCCCAGAACCCGCAGCAGCGACCCUUCUCUUUUACCUCUCUGCCUGUUGGAGACCACUUAGAUAGCGAAGCGGACUGGACGGCUGGAUUCAGGAAGCCAUGAAUCAUGUCACCCGGAGCCAGCUGCAGACUUUAAACUCAGUUCAGCAUGUGGAAGCGGCAGAGAAAUGACCUGUCCAGACAAGCCGGGGCAGCUCGUAAACUGGUUUGUCUGCUCUCUGUGCGCCCCACGAGUGUGUAAACUUUGGAGUAGUCGGCGUCCCAGGACCAGACGGAACCUCCUGCUGGGCACUGCCUGUGCCAUCUACCUGGGCUUUCUGGUGAGCCAGGUGGGCAGAGGUUCCUUUCAGCAUGGGCAGGCGACUGACAGGGGACCACCCAACGGUCACGACAUCUUCAAGGUACCCUUCUCUGAGAUUCCCCUGGAUGGUACCCUGGCCCCUCCAGAGUUGCAGGGCAAUGGAAGCACUUUGCAGCCCAACGUGGUGUACAUUACUCUACGCUCCAAGCGCAGCAAGCCUGCGAAUAUCCGUGGCACGGUGAAACCCAAGCGCAGGAAGAAGUAUGCGGUGGCAUCUGCAGCCCCUGAUCAGGAGGUGCUGGUUAGACCAUCCCUUAUACAGCAGGAAGCUGCACGGGCAGCAGAUGCUGAAGUACCUGGCUAUGUUCAGGGUUACCUAACCAAGGUUGGUGAACGACCCUGGAGGGUGCUGCGUGGUCCUGGAGUCAGAACUAGAGGUUCAAACUUGCAGCAGCCUAGGGCCCGAGAGAGCAACAUUAGGAUUUAUAGCGAGAGCGCCCCCUCAUGGCUGAGCAAAGAAGACAUCCGCAGAAUGCGCCUCCUGGCUGAUAGUGAGGUGGCUAGCAUCCUACCUAUCUCUAAGAGUGGUACCCGCUUGCUGGUGUUGGAAGGGAGCACCUCAGGCUCUGUGCCUGGCUGCGGGCCUAGCCCCUGUGGGCUUCUCAAGCAGCCGCUGGACAUGAGUGAAGUGUUCGCCUUCCACCUGGACAGGAUCCUGGGUCUCAACAGGACCCUGCCAUCUGUGAGCAGGAAAUUAGAGUUCAUCCAAGAUGGCCGACCUCGCCCUAUCAUUCUCUGGGACUCAUCUCUAGCAUCUGCAAGCAAUGAUAGCCAUUCCUCUGUUAAGAUCACCUGGGGAACUUAUCAGCGGUUGCUAAAACAGAAGUGCUGGCUGAAUGGCCGGGUUCCCAGACCUGAGUGGGACUGCACUGAAAUCCAUCACCACGAGUGGUCCAAGAUGGCUCUCUUUGAUUUUUUGUUACAGAUUUAUAAUCGCUUGGAUACAAAUUGCUGCGGAUUCCGACCUCGAAAGGAAGAUGCCUGUAUACAGAAUGGACUGCGGUCGAACUGUGAGGACCAAACUUCUGUGACGUUAGCACACAUUAUCCAGAGAAAGAAUGACCCAAGGCAUUUGGUCUUCAUAAACAAUAAGGGCUUCUUUGAUAGAAGCGAAGAUAACUUAAACUUUAAGUUGUUAGAAGGCAUCCGAGAGUUUCCUGAAUCUGCAGUUUCUGUUUUGAAGAGCCAACACUUAAGACAGAAGCUCCUUCAGUCUCUGUUCCUUGAUCAGGUUUAUUGGGAAAGUCAAGGAGGCAGGCAAGGCAUCGAGAAGCUUAUCGACGUGAUAGAGCGGAGAGCCAGAAUCCUUAUCACCUACAUCAACGCACACGGGGCUAGAGUAUUACCUAUGAAUGAAUGACAAAUGGCUUUCUGCCUUGAGGGCUAUACAUGUGUCACAUUUGGUUUUUCUUAAAUAAAAGAUAUCAACCUUAAGUGUUUCUAGAAACGAGGCAGCAUAGUUGAAUACGUGAAACUGACGCAGUUUAUAUCAUGAACUGAGUUUAAAAAGUUUGUAGAGUUUAGAGGUAUGCAGAUUCAAGAAGUUUCAGAAUAACAUAUUGCUUGCAGAAUGCCUGUUAAUAUAUUUUCCUAAGACUCUGGUAUGUUUGUCUCAGCAUUGUCAUUGUGUAAUGACCCAAAUGAUUAUUCCUACUGAUGUUUAAACCAUUUUCAUAUCAUUUGACGGAACAAUAUAAACCAGAGACACUGGCUCUUCUAAUAAAUCAUUCCCAUGCCAUUUGACUGACCUGACCAGCUGCUAGAAAUGAGUUGAUCGGCAUUCUCUCAUUGCUGAUGGUUGCAACAGCUUUUCCAACACUAUCCAGAGGCAAUUCUACAUCACGAAAUUGAGGCGUCUGAUCUGCAAGUACAACAGUCUUGAAACACCUUCUAAGUAGACAUGGAAGUAGAUUCGUUACAAACGACCAGUAUAUUUUCUAGAGUCUAAGAUAAUCAGCUACCUCUGAACAACAAAAUUCUCCUAUCCUUCCCUUUUUAAGAAAUUUAUUGACAGCAUAGACAUUUCCAUAUAUGACAAUUGAUGUAUUCGAUUUGCUGUCUCAAUUUUGAUCCAAUUUAUAUCUUGUGGUUAGAAAACUAAAAAGUUAUGAGGCAUGUUGCUACCUGUUUGAAAAUUUACUUGUAGAAUCCCUUAAUAUUCUUAUUGGUUGAUUGGCUUAAAAAAAAGUUAAGGUUUCACAUAGUCCAGGCUGGCUUUGAACUCCUUACGCAUCAGAGGAUGACCUUGGUCUUCUGAUGCUUUGCCACCCAAGUGUUGGGAUAACAGACAGUAUAUGACACCAUGCCCCGUAGUACUCAGGAUCAAGCUGGGUCUCUGUCAUGUUAGAGAGACACUGUAUGACUAAGCCCAUAACCCCAGCCCACUUUUAAUGAAUAUGUAACAAUUUGUCAUUUUAUAAAGGAUAUACUGUAAUUUCUGAAGUUUUCUUUUUUGUUUUUGUUUUUGUUUUUUGUUUUUCGAGUCAGGGUUUCUCUGUAUAGCCUUGGCUGUCCUAGAACUCACUCUGUAGACCAGGCUGACCUUGAACUCAGAAAUCCGCCUGCCUCUGCCUCCCAAGUGCUGGGUUUAAAGGCAUGCGCCACCACUGCCUGGCUGAAGUAUUUUUUUUUAAUCAUAGAGGACUUCCUUGGUGCAAUUAGGUUUCAUCUGAUUUAACUGAUAUUAUCUAGGUAUUGACGAUAAGUUCAGAUAUUAAAUAUAUUAUGUAGAUCAGCUCAAUACAAGAAGUCCUAAUGAAAGCCAACACUCAUGACUGCAUCUUCUCACAAAGAACAUGGAUAGAGAGCAUAUGGCAACUAAUUAGGCAAAAUUAAGUCUCAACUAAUUCUCCCCCAAAUCCCUCUACCAAACCUUUCGUGGGCUUGGAGGAACUAAGGCACACAAAGUUCAUGCUCUGAGUCUUUCUGUCCUGAGAGAAUUUGCCAGGCCAUCACUUAUCCUUCUUAUACGGAACCUUUGAAUCUAGAGCAAAUUCUGUCUCUCUUGCUUUCAGCUCUACUACCGCUUAUUUGCAAGGUCAUUGAUUAGCCAGGUGUAGUGAUACAGACCUGAAAUCCUAGCACCCAGGAAGCCGUGGACGGUUUGCAAGUCUGAUGUCAGUCUGGUGUUAGUGAUAACCUGUCUGAAAUGUGCCUCUCCCUUCAUAAAAACUGAUUUACUGACUUUUUCUUCUUUUGGAAACUUAAAAAAACUAAAAUAAAAAGUUACACAUUUUUAUCAUACUUCUCAUCUCCUUGUUUUCAGUUUUGUUCUUAAUGCACACAUCUUCCGUCUUCUGAUGAAAAAUAAUUUGAUAUUGAUGUGAACUUUUAAAAACAUACCAAUAUAGGCUACAUCAUAGGAAAAAAUACCUGUGUAGAUUAUAAUUGAUACAAAUACACCAACUUGUCAAACUAGUAAGUCUAAGUGUUAGGUAUAAGAGAAGACAGACGAAGGGAAGAGGCACCCACUGAUGCCUCUUGUUUCUGCUUUCCAAGGCUCAUGACCAAGGACUGCAUCUUCCAUCCUAUAUGUUUCCUUUCCCUUGGCGUGGUGAACUUUGUCGCGUUCUCUGCAGUUCUCUCCAGUGUGACCUGAGUAUGACUGUGGGCUCUGGUGAGUCCCCACAAUGGCUGCUCUCUAUGAGUUUUGUCUCACAAAUCAUCUUAAUUAUCUUUGUGAGCACUUUUACACCCCCACUUGACCUUGAAUUAAAAGAUUUCUGCCAAGUUGUCUCAUGCCUUAUCAAGACGACCUACACAUUUAUCUUAAUACUUUUUUGUUUUUGCAGAAUUUACCAUUUUAAUUCACAUUGUGAUAUUAAUUACAGGCAUUCUGGCUUUUUAAAAAUCUUGCUUUUAUGCUCUCAGUUAGGAUGCUUCUGAGCAAGCUGGCCUCCCCAAGAUGGGUCUGACCCAGAUGGGUUUUUGCCUAGUUAUUUCAACAUGCUUAAUUCUAAGCAAAAGGUUCGAGGACAUUGCUUAUUUUUAUAACUUUUGUUUUAAAGAUUUAUUUUUACUGUUUAUUUGUGUGUAUACAUAGGUAUACACACACAUGUGUAUGCAGUACUCAUGGAAGCCAGAAGAAGGGCAUCGGAACCUCUGAAGCAAUUGUGAGCUACCUGACUUGGGGUCUUGGAACUCAACUAAGGUCCUCUGGAAGAGCAGUGCAUGCUCUCAACAGCUGGGCAUCUCCCCAGCCUUUACAUUCAUUUUUAAAAUGAUUUAUUUUGUUUUGCAAACAGUGAGUAAUUGAUGGUGCAUUAGUUUUGACUAAUAACUUCAGGCCAAACUCUGAUUUCUAACAAGCAACAUUUUUCUUUUAUUGAAACGAUGAGAGUGUUUUUGUAUUUCCGAUGUGCUAAAGAAAACCUACUGUGAUUUGGUAUAGAAUAUCCCAUUACAUGGCUUAUUUGCUCUAACAGAUGUAAAUAGAAGAUAAGGGCUUAUUCUGGUGUGACCUGCUUCCUGUUAGCUGAUGUGAAAACACACAUGUGUCUCAGACCCUGUCAUUAAAUGCUACAAAUUAAAUUCGUGUAAUUUUUUCUGAUACACGAGUUAGUUUUCAAAAGAGAAUACAGUGCCCCUCCCCUUUGGAACAGUCCACUCCAGUCUGUCUCUGCUUUAGACAGACUUUAGUCUUUGUUUUUAUGACCAAAUAUUCUGUUUAAACUGGAAAACGGAAUAAACAAUGAACUUCAAAAGGAUGUUUGUUUGUUACUUCACCAGUGGAAAAAAAGAGGCAAUUUAGAAGUCAAGAUGCCUGCCUGGGUCGUGUGUGCAGGCAUGUGUGCACGAAUUUGAUGUCAUAAUUCAUGAUCACUAUGCUUUCUCUCCGUGUACAUAUAGCAUCGUACUAUAGGGUUGGCAAAAUAAUUAGCUAGCAGAUUUCAUUCCUCUUAGGAGGAGAUUUAAUUUUUAGUUAGCUUUCCAUGGUUGCUGCGAGCCUUACAGUAGCUUGAGCUCUCCUUCCUCUUACUCCUCUUUAAUCAGGUUGUUAAGUACUUAGGAAGUGUAUCAUAGUGUACAACAUCCUAGACUUAUUCUUAAAACAAUUUUAUCUAUGGACUUGAGUAAUAAUGUGUUUAUUCUACUGUACCUUUAAAUAUGCAUUACAUUAUAUGUAACGAAUAAAUUAUUUAGAUAGAAAGUUAUUUUCAUGUUGUCUUAUGAAAUCCUAAUGUUUAUUUGAAUGCAGACUAUUUAAGUCACAUUUAAUGUACUAGUCUGAAAAACAUGUUGAAAUCAUAUAUAUAUGAAUUUGAUACUUCUGUCUCUCUUUUUUUCUCUCUCCCUCCUUCCCCCUUCUCUCUUUUGUAAAAUAAUAGUAAUAGUAGUAAUAGUAAUAAUAAUAAUAAUAAUAAUAAUAAUAAUAAUAAUAAUAAUAAUAAUAAUAAGUAAUAUAGCCAAGAACCAGGCUGGGGGAGUCCAGGGUAUUCAGUAGACUGUGGCACCGUGAUGCUUUGAGUUGGAGCCCAAGCAGUUGGAGUCUCACUGGAGAACACAGCAAGCACCUUGGGUGCUAUUUACCAGACUGACUCUUCUGCACUGAUGUGUGUUAGAGACACUGAUGGUGUGUACUUGAAUUCCAGCAUGCAAGAGUUGAGUCAGACUGACUUUAAGUUUGGGUCAGCCUGGACUACAGUCAGACCCUGUCUCAAAAACAAAUGAAAACCAAAACAGAACUCAGAAAGCAAGAACUUUCACUUUAUGAGAGAUUUUUUUUUUUUGGACUUGUUAGAACACUUAUCUGAAAUCAGAAAUAGUUUACUGUGACUUUGGCAUGUUCUUACAAUGUUGGGCCUGAUUUUCUACAGAAUGACUAUUGAGCAAAAUUUUAGGGAAGAGAUUAUGUUGUAGACUCAUGUUUCAUAGAAAUACAAGUUUUUCCUGGUUCAAAAAAUGAAUGUAAUGGUUAAAAUUUAUUACCAUGUUGGACCCUUUUAUAUCUAUUCCAAAUAUUUUAUAAUAUGGCUUUUAAAUGUUUAGCUUUAGAAAUAUUUUAAAAUGGACCUACCACUGUAGUGAUGCUGCAUUUAUUGUUAUGAUAAAAUACUUCACAAUCAUCUAUUUUUCCUAAGAAUCACUUUUAUCUUUUGGAAAAUUUUGCUUUAAUAAACUUCUAACUACUGCUGUA